AGGACGACGACAACAACAACAACAACAACAACAACAACAACAACAACAACAACAACAAACGAGCGUUUGGGAAAACAAGUGAGGUGCCAGAAACAAAAAUCGACUCACAAAAAAUUCACACAUAAUAUACAUAUAAAAGUGUACCCAGGAGCAGACGCCAGCCUCAGAGGACCAAUAAAAUAUACCUCAAGUUCUAAUACUCAUUCCCUCCAAAGAUGAACAACUCGACUAUAGGGCUCUGCUCCACUUUGACAUUGCCAAUGGCCUCCCUCACAUCCUCCUCCUCAUCUGCCUCUUCAUCGUCCUCAUCACCAUCGUUAUCUUCGUCCCCUUCCUCGUCCUUGUCUUCCCAUCUGGCUAAUCGGAGCGACAUGGAUAUGACCCAUGACCUUUGGGACCCCCGUGACUCGGACGCCUAUCGCUGGAUCCUUGCCAUGCAGACUAUAGCAGAGCCUAUCAUCAUUAUGUUGGGGAUUGUGGGAAACUUACUGGCUAUCCUCACGUUGCUGUCGAAGCGGUUACGUAGCACCUCGUGCUGCCUGUACCUGGCGGCAAAAUGUGUGGGGGACACCGUGUUUCUCUCCGCCCUGUUCAUCGUCUGGUUGUACCGGGUCAACGCGCCCUUGCUCAACCAGGUCGUCAUCUGUCAGGUCACCAUCUUCCUCAGCUACGCCUGCAGCUUUACAUCUGUCUGGCAGAUUGUCCUGGUUUCUUACGAGAACUUCGUCCGGAUAGCCAGGCCGCAGCUCGUCAAGCUGUACUGCACACCGCGCCGAGCCAUCAUCAACAUCAUCGCUGUUCUCAUCAGCGCUCUGGUCAUCUACAAUUUUUAUCUGUGGACUACCCGGGUCUUGGAGGAUGACAGCAAUCGGAAAAUGUGCAUGGCUUUAGCCAGCUUCCACGGCCUCCUGGUCAUCCUAGACAUCCUUGACCUGGUUGCGACACUGGUGGUUCCCAUCCUGCUGGUGUCGCUCUUGAUGACUAUCACGCUGGUGGCCGUGGUUCGAGCCCUGCAGAGGAAGUCCAGGCUAAACGAGCGGCUUAUACGGACGUCCAGGAGCGAACCCGUUCGUCUAAACACGGCGGAGGUGAAGGCCGCGAGAUUCCUCCUGGUUGUGUCCUUGUCGCUGGUUCUCAUGCACAGCCCUAUCCACGUGAUCCGGCUGAAGCUUCUGAUUGGCUCACUGGUCAGCGAGUCAUUUCCGGACAACAAUGACGUCACCAUGCAGCGCGCCUUUGAGGUACUCUUCUACCUCAACUUCUCCGCCAACUUCCUCAUUUACGUGGCAGCCGGGGAGAAUUUCCGCCGGACGUUUCUCCAGCUCUUCCGCUGUACCUGCCAGAGCUUUCAGCACGAGCAGACGACGGUCAACGGAGUGUCAGAGGUCAAGGACGUGGUGACGUCAAACGGCGAGUCUGUGUACAUGGAGCUCACCGCCGUCAACUCUGCCUUCGAGACCGAGCCGUCUGAAGAAGGAGCAGCUACGGAACCCAGCGGACAGACGCCAUGUGGCUGCGUCCACGGGUUUUUGCUGAACAGCGACAGCAGCAAGUCAAGUGAGGAACACUGACCACAAGCUCAAAGAAUAAAAGACACACAGACACUCAUACAAACAAACAAAAAUCAAAUAAAUAAAAGUUUGUUAUUGUUGCUACUAUGUUACUUACUGUUGUUUGGAUUUUUUGGAGGUGUUAGUUUGACUAACCCUUUCUUUGCUGAGACGUUUCCAUCUACAUAAUUUGUAUUCAUAUUGAGGUCAAACAUAAUACAGUCAAAUGUUCAUUCAAGACUGCUUAAAACAACGGGAAAAUAGUUUUUUCUUUUCAAACUACAUAUGUAUAUACAAGCAACUGCAAAGGUUUUAUAUCUCCUAAAGCAUCCCCUGUUCAGACCUACAGAAGCAAGAUGGAUGUCUGUGAACCAAUUUUGGA